GGAUCCUUCAGUGUCUCUUCCAAGCCCUCACGCCCCAGUUUCCUGGAUUUAUCUUCCUCGCUCGCUCUUUUCCUCUGUCCUCCCUUCGCAGCUCAGCAUGCAGAAAAAAGACGUCUCCCCACACGGGUUCCUGCCCAGCUUCCAGCAUUUCGCCACGCAGGCCAUCCAUGUGGGCCAGGAGCCAGAGCAGUGGACCUCUCGGGCUGUCGUGGCCCCCAUCUCCUUGUCCACCACGUUCAAGCAAGGGGCCCCCGGCAAGCACUCGGGAUUUGAAUAUAGCCGUUCUGGAAACCCCACCAGGAACUGCUUGGAAAAAGCAGUGGCCGCACUGGAUGGAGCCAAGUACAGUUUGGCCUUUGCUUCAGGUUUAGCAGCCACUAUGACUAUUACCCAUCUCUUAAAAUCAGGAGACCAAAUUAUUUGUAUGGAUGAUGUGUACGGAGGUACAAGCAGGUACUUCAGGCGGGUAGCAUCUGAGUUUGGAUUAAAGAUUUCUUUUGUUGAUUGUUCCAAAACUAAAUUACUAGAGGAGGCCAUUACACCUGAAACCAAGCUUGUUUGGAUUGAAACCCCCACAAACCCUAACUUGAAGAUGAUUGACAUUAAAGCCUGUGCACAAGCUGUCCAUAAACGCGGAGACAUCAUUUUGGUAGUGGAUAAUACUUUCAUGUCCGCUUAUUUCCAGCGACCUUUGGCUCUGGGAGCUGACAUUUGUAUGUAUUCAGCAACAAAAUAUAUGAACGGCCACAGUGAUGUUGUAAUGGGCUUAGUGUCUGUUAAUUCUGAGAGCCUCCAUGAUAGGCUCCGAUUCUUGCAAAACUCAAUUGGGGCAGUCCCCUCUCCUUUUGAUUGUUACCUCUGCAAUCGAGGUCUGAAGACUCUACAAGUCCGAAUGCAGAAGCAUUUUGAAAAUGGAAUGGCAGUCGCUCAGUUUCUGGAAUCAAAUCCUCUGGUAGAAAAGGUCAUUUAUCCUGGGCUGCCCUCUCAUCCUCAGCAUGAGCUGGCAAAGCGUCAGUGCACAGGUUGCCCAGGCAUGAUCACCUUUUAUAUUAAAGGCACUCUUCAGCAUGCUGAGACUUUCCUCAAGAACCUAAAGUUAUUUACUCUGGCUGAGAGCUUGGGAGGAUAUGAGAGUCUUGCUGAGCUUCCGGCGAUUAUGACCCAUGCAUCAGUGCCUGAGAGCCACAGAGAUGCCCUUGGAAUUAGCGACACUCUGAUCCGCCUCUCCGUGGGCUUAGAAGAUAAAGAAGACCUACUGGAAGAUAUAGAUAAGGCUUUGAAGGCGGCACACCCUCCAAAGGCACGUUGAACCUAGCACACCCAGAACUGCAAUUCGAAGUUGCUUCCUGAGAGAUCAAAUCUUCCGACUAAUCGAAUGGACCAUUAAUGAACUUCUGUAGAAUUUUCAAGUGGAAAUUUUUAAGGCAUCUCAUUGCCUUUUCACAACUGUAAUCUUCCAGGGGUCAUUCCUGUUUUCAACAGUUUCCUCUUUCUCUUAUUAACAGGUCAAUUCUGUUAAUAUCUUUUUGUUAAUUUUGGUGUACAUUUACCUCUUAAGGAGGUGAGAUUUGUAUUACUCUUGGGGAUUGUGUUCUUUUUUUCAUAGUUUAAGAUUUAUAUUGAUCAUGUUUACAAUAUAGUGAUGUCAUUUUCUGAAGAAUUUAAAUUAUUGAAUGAAUGUUUUUAAAUCAAGUGUGAGUUUUCAUAUUGUUGAAAACAGCACUUAAAACAAUGGUUUACACUUAAUUAUCAUAAGCCAAAAAUCAAGUAAAGUCUACUGUGUAAAGUCUACUGUGAAAUUCUACUGAUUUAAGGUUGUGUUUACUAUUUAAAAAAAUAAAUCUAAUUAUCAAAUGUA